AGGGAGGAGCUCCGGGGUGAGUUACGUUGUAACGCUGUUGCCACCGUGUUUAUUGUGUUUAUUGUGUUUAUUUUGUUGUUUUAUACAACCGACUGUCGGGUUCUCGCAGCAGGAAUACAAAGUGCACGUCUCAGGAUUUCAUACUAAUAUUUCUACUCACUUUCUCUCCCGAUCACCUGUGAUCCGAAGUCUGCUCUCAUUUUUUGACAAUAUAAAUAAACCCUCCGAAUGUUUGUUAACUUAAAAUCCAGCGGGCAUAAAAGAAGACAUGCUUGUUUUAGAUGGUUUUGCUAACAUUGCUUUAUGAUUAAUUUAUGAUAAACGGAUUAAGAUGAUUACGCGAAGGGGAUUUCUGCGGGAGUUUCCUGCAAACAGAAACCGCCUCCAGUUUCAUGGAAGUCACGGGGAAUCCCGCAUCUUACAUCCGGGUAUGUAUCAUAUAACAUCAACAACCACGUUAUUGAAGCAGUAACUUAUUAAAACUUGCGUUAACCUUUCUGCACGUUACGUUGUAUUUCACGCGACGUCUCGUCCUCCCGAAGUCACGCGAGAAUUCACUGAAAACCAAACUAUACACGAUGCAAAAUGAUUCUCUGUUGUCGCUGUUGUAAGCUGCUGAAGCAGAACAUGCACGUGUGAAAGGUGACCUUCAUGUAGUUCUUGUUUGCGAUAAUUUUAUCCUGCUUUCGGUUUCGUUGCUGCGUUGGCGGAGCUUAUAAAACAGCAGCAGAGUGAGAACGCCUCACAUCGUCAACGAUGCUGCGUGAAGGCACCACGAGGCUCUGCCUGCUGCUGUCACUGAGCGUGGCUCUCUGUGAGGCGGUGCUGGAGGUCCAGGUUCUCCUGGGGGAGGACUGUGUUCUCCGGUGCACCGCUGAGGACAAGCCGGGCGUGGAGUACUUAUCAGUGAGGUGGUACAAGGAGGGACCGCCGCCGGCUUCCCGCCUCCUCGGCGUCCUGACCCGCUACCUCCCCAACGGCACCGUGGUGCGAUACCGCAGCACGCAGCGGGAGGCGGAGCUCCAUGGCGAGUCCCGCGACCUCCGGCUGCCCAACGCCACGUGCGACGACGCCGGCUACUACACGUGCGACCUGGCGGCGCCGGUUGGCGAGCAGAACCGCGAGGGCCGGGUGCUCCUCACGACGACAGGUUGCCCCGCCCACAAUCCGGCAGAGAACCGCCUGACGGACACGUGCCUGGUUGUCUUGGCGACGUUGGGGCUGAUCCUCGCCCUGGUGAUUUUCCUCAUCAGCUACGUCAUUUUAAAGAAUGUCCUCAGAGACAGAAACAGGACGCUGACAAAAGAGACUUUUCUGGACGCGCCGCUCGACCCGCUGAACGAGGAGGACCUGCGGUCCAUUUAUACGCUGGGUCCUAAAGGGUCCUACCGGGUCCUCAAGGGGCCUAGCUUCUUUGUGUGAGAGGGAGAGUGUGAGUGUGAGUGAGAGAGAGUGUGUGUGUGUGUGUGUGUGUGCGUGCGUGUGUGUGUGCGCGUGUGUGUGUGUGUGUGCGUGUGUGUGUGUGCGUGCGUGUGUGUGUGUGUGCGUGCGUGUGCAUGUUUUAAGGUGCUAUGGUUCUCAAACCCGUGAAAUGUGAAACACUGUAUAUAUAUUUUUUUAUGUCAUUGACUGCUGAAUCUCUCUCUUAAAGCUGCAGUGCGAUUGUAAAUAGAGCUGUAAAAUAGAGUUGUUUGUUUGUUGAAAAAGAAAAAACCUGCUUGUGAUUUAUUCCCAAAACAUAAAACUGUUUUCUUUUAAUUGACUGAAUUGUUUUUAAAUGAGUAUAUUUGAAGCUGGUGUCUUCACUUGUAAUUAGUACUAACACUGCAUACUACAUCUCCCAGAAUGCAACCUGACAACUUUUUCACCAGCCACAGUUGGUCUGUGGUGACCUUUGGGAGGUUUGUGGUGACCUUUGGGAGGUUCUUGGUGAUGUGAAACAAUACAACUGCAAUGUUUAAUUUAUUUAAUGAACAGGAAGUAAAACCUUUUUUUCUUCCCUUCCUUCUAAACUUGGU